UAUUUUUACUCGGAACUAAUUUUGAAAAUCAAAAUUUUUUUCCAAUUUAACUUUCUAUUAUGGCAUCUAUCUAUGGUUUCUUUGUGCAGAAAGAUGUAAAACACUAAAUUAUUUGUUUGGCUAUUUGCUCCAAAUUAGUUGUAUUAACUUUCAAGCAAUAAAUGUUCAAAACGUUUGUGAUACGCAAAUUACUUCUAGUCUUGCAUAUAAAAUGAUUAGUAGACGUUCUUGCCACUACUUUUCGGAAUUUCGUUAUUUUCGACGGAAUUUAGUAGCAGGUUGUUCAAGAUUUUCAAGCAGUAAAAAUAUAAAACCAGAAGAAAAUAUUGAAGUUAAAUCAAAUGGACAACAUCCAGUUACAAGGACUUUAAAUCUACUGAAAAGGGAUAUUAAUAAAAUUAGAAACUUUGUUACAAUUAAAAAAAAUGAAAAGCAUAGUUUAUCUAAGGAUAAGACACCAGAAGAAAGUGCAAUAAGUAAAAAAAGGUAUUACUCUGACGAAUUUCAAACUCAUUGUGAUGUACUCAUUAUCGGUGGAGGUGGAGUGGGGACUUCUAUUGCUUAUUGGUUGAAAAAAAAAGCCAGAGAUGGAUUAAACGUAGUUGUUGUUGAAAAAGAUCCGACGUAUAAACAAUGUUCUACCGUUUUAUCCGUUGGAGGUUUAAGGCAGCAAUUCUCUCUACCAGAAAAUAUACAAAUGUCACUUUUUGGGGCUGAUUUCAUAAGAAAUUCAAAGGAAUAUUUGGGCGAUAGUGUAGAUUUGAACUUUAGUCCAAAUGGUUAUCUAGUAUUAGCUUCUGAUCGCGGUGCAGAGCAAUUAAAGCGGAAUUCUGAGCUGCAAAAUAUGUUAGGAGCAAAAAAUGAACUGUUGUCUGCUAAUCAACUUAAAACUAAAUUUCCUUGGUUAAAUACCGAAGGUAUUGUGCUAGGAUGUCAUGGUUUAGAGAAGGAAGGAUGGUUUGACCCUUGGGGCUUAUUAAUGGGUUAUAAAAAACGGGCUUUGGAGUUUGGUGCACACUUUGUUCAUGGAACCUUUUCAGGAUUUGAAUUCAGAGAAGCAAGUGAUAUGGCAAUAGUUCAAGACCCUUCUGGAGAUUUUAAUGAUACACCCUAUAAUGCGUUAGAUAAAGCUAUAAUCACACUACCAAAUGGCGAGACAAAAUCAAUAAAAUUCGCAAUAUGUGUUCUUGCGGCUGGGGCUCAUUCUGGUGAAAUAGCUCGAUUAGCUCACAUAGGUAUUGGUCGCGGAAUGUUAAGUGUCCCGCUUCCAGUAGAGCCUAGAAAACGAUACGUUUUUGUUGUCAAAACUCAAGGGGAUAAUGCACCAGGAUUAAAUACCCCCCUAACAAUAGAUCCAUCCUUUGCAUAUUUUCGACGCGAUGGAUUAGGUGGAAAUUAUAUAUGUGGUAAAAGUCCAGAACCAGAAAAUGAGCCUAGUACGGAUAAUUUGGAAGUGGAUUACGAGUAUUUCGACACCGAUGUAUGGCCACACUUAGCAAACCGAGUACCAGCGUUUCAUUCUCUAAAAGUUGUCGGAGCUUGGGGUGGUUAUUACGAAUAUAACACUUUUGAUGAGAACGGAAUAAUUGGACCGCAUUCAUUCUAUCACAACCUGUAUAUUGCGACAGGUUUUAGUGGACACGGAAUACAGCAAACCCCAGCUGUUGGAAGAGCAAUAUCAGAGCUAAUAAUAGACGGAAUGUUUAGAGAAAUUGAUUUAACUCGACUAGGUUUUGAUAGAAUAGUAGUUAAAAAACCGAUGUUAGAAAUAAAUUGUGUUUAAAAAUUAUUAAAUAAAGUUUUUCAUCUUAGUUAA